AGAUUUGCACACGUAGAUGGAGGUGGUGGAUUGGCGAUAAAAGGCAAUGGAUGUGAUGAGAAUUGUAGAGAAAUAGCAAUACUGCAAUAGCAAUAGAAAGAGCAGAAAUGUUUUCCCCACGAGACAUGCCUUCCCCGUCCUCAAUCUUCUCGGCCUACGCCUCGAUGACGGCGUCCAUCAUGCUCCUCCGUUCCAUGGCGAACGAGCUGAUCCCGCAGCCCCUCCGCGGCUACCUCUUGAACGCCAUCCAGUACCUGAUAAAGCCCCGCUCCUCCACGCUGACCCUGGUCAUCGAGGAGUCGACGGGCAUCAGCCGCAACCAGGUGUACGACGCCGCCGAGGCCUACCUCUCCACCCGCGUCAGCCCCGACAACAACCGCCUCAAGAUCACCAAGACCCCCAAGGAGAAGAAGCUCACCCUCCGCCUGGAGAAGGGCGAGAAGGUCCUGGACAUGUUCAACGGCGUCCCCUUCAAGUGGCGCUUCAUCUGCGCGGAGUCCGACAAAAGCGCCAGCAACAGCCCUAACGAGCACAACAGCAUCUCCGUGAGGUCUGAAAAACGGUCCUUCGAGCUGCGGUUCCCGAAGAAGCACAAGGAGAUGGCGCUCCAGGUCUACCUCCCCUUCAUCCUGGACAGGGCCAAGGAGAUGAAGGACGAUGAGCGCCUCCUCAAGAUGCACACGCUCAACACCUCCUAUUGCUACAGCGGGGUCAAGUGGGACUCCAUAAACUUGGAGCAUCCCUCCACUUUUGAGACCCUGGCCAUGGAGCCUCAGCUGAAGGAUGCGGUCAUGCAGGACCUUGAUAGGUUCGUGAAGCGGAGGGAGUUUUACAAGAGGGUUGGCAGGGCCUGGAAGCGUGGAUACUUGCUUUAUGGCCCUCCCGGCACUGGCAAGUCUAGCUUGAUCGCUGCCAUGGCUAAUUACUUGAAGUUUGACAUCUUUGACCUCCAGCUUGCCAACAUAGUCAGGGACUCUGACCUCAGGAAACUGCUUCUCGCCACUGCCAAUAGGUCCAUUUUGGUCAUUGAAGACAUUGAUUGCACUGUCGAUCUGCCAGACCGUCACCAUGCUGAGGGACGUAAACCAACUGACGUCCAGGUACUCCUUUCGCUAAUUUCAUCUUUCACUUUCACACACUUAAUCAACACAAUCACUAAAUAUGUCUAUAAGUUUAGUUUAAAAUAUCAUAAAUACGUUAUCUAUAUAUACUAUAUUGCCUAUUAUAAAUUAUCUGUUUCUCUAUUUAAAAAUAAAAUGCAACUAAAAAUAACUAUCAUUUAGCUAGAGAAAAAGACUGUUUCAUAAAUGAUUGUUGGGUCCUCAGACAGGGCCUUGGUAUCAAGUUAGACAUGGAUCAAAACUCUCGUGUUCUCGAGGGCUUCUUCUUUCUUUCUCUUUUUUGCUAAAUCUGCGAGAUUUUGGCCAAAAAUUGUUGUUUGUCGGGAAAUUGUUUAUUGGUACGAAUUCAUGUCAUACAAUUAUACAAAUAAGCUAAAUUAAUUUUUUAUUUAAUAUGGAGCCAAUUAUAUUAAAACAUCGGUGUCUAAAAAACUUUGUAUCAAGAACUUUAGUACCAUUUGUCAUUGUUGUUUUUCGAAUGCCAAGCAAGCCACGUGGGUUCCGAUUGAACCAUGCAAGUUGCAAAAGUUAAUUCCUUCCGUACAGAGGGUUUUGGAACCCUUAAAAAAAAGCACUAAUGAUAUAUGACACCUAUGUUAAUUGUUCACGUCACGAUUGUGUUUGAAUUUUUUACCGGUCCCAUUCUACUCACAAUUGUUUUUUCAUUUUUUUUUCAUCUCGGUUUCUUUUUUUCUUUGUUUACACUGUUGAUGCUUAUUAAAUUUUUUAGUUUCGGUGGUUGUUUGUUCAAAUUUAAAUGUGUUUUUUAAUUUUUUUUCAUCAGUUUUUCUUUGAGAAAGAACUUUUAGUUUAUCAGAUUGUUGAGAAAGAGCUUUUGGUUUAUCAAAAACUGCAAUUUCAAGGUGAUUUGCAUAGGAAAAAUGGUGGAAGGGGAUGUGAUAGAAGAUUGAUGAUAGUGGAUUUCAAAAUCAACUUUUUUUGAAAGGGCAUGGAAGGAAUUAGCUUUGCAAAAUACCAUGCGUCAUUAGGGCCAUUUUGUCAUGGGUAGGGCACCUUUUUCUACCUUUUUUUUCUUGCUAGUGGGAACGUGCCAUUUAUAAAAGCACACCCUAAAUUGGUAAGUGAGGACUUUGGGGCUACGUGGAGCUUAAUAAUUGGUUAACAAAAUUCGGUUUUGGCGAUAAUUUAAUUGUAGUAAAGUUAAAGUAAAACCGUCCAAAGCAUUGGACACAUCAUCAAAGCGCGACUUCUGAAGAUCCAAAAAGGCAUUUCGCUAUCAGUCCACGCAAUUCGUUCAGGAACUUGAUUGUUCUUUUCCUCUUGUUUGUUGUUUUCUGUUUGACAAAUAGCGAGAAAAAGAGUACAACGUACCUGUGGUUCGAAGGUCGUUGUUAAAUGUUACAAGAUGGUGUUGUGGUGGAUGCCUUAUAAGGAAUCAUAUUUUAUUUAUUGACGUGUAAAGCUUCUAUUGUGGACUGGUGUUGCUAUCAUAUUUUAUUUUAUUUUGGUAGAACACUAGAACAUGUUGCCGGAACAUUUAAUAUAUAUUGUUUAUUUUCAUGGGAAAUUAACAGCACCCAUGUAUAAAAAGGAAGAACAUGUUAGUGAGUAGUGAGGGAGUCCUUCAAUUUUCUCUAGCUAACUAGUUUAUUUUGGUAGAAGAUGUACGUUGUCGAAAUAUACUAUGUUAUGAAAAAUUAACAGGUUUUAUAAAUUUAGUUUGAAUUGUAUUUAUAUAUUUUUGAAAUCUAAAUAGUGAAAUUGGUGGUGGACU